CAUGCAUGCGGCACGCGGCGCAGAGCCGCACCUACGAGCCUUUCGCUCGUGCCGCAUCGCGGCACAUCACCCCGUCCACGAAGCUCCCGUUCGCUGCAAGUCCACCGGCCGUCGCAAGAACCCAGCAGCGCCCUAGGGCACUCGUCGUCAGCAAGUCCCACCACCGCGGCCAGACCAUAGACGGCUUACCUGUUCCCAUCAUCGCGACUGCCGACGACGCCCACCAGUCAACGUCCUGCGCAUCCUCAUAGGGCCC